UACGUCAAGCUUGUGACUGGUCAUCGGUGGACGAAUCGUGGAAAGGGCGCAUUUUCAGUAAUUGGUGAUUGGAGAUCUCCAAAUAUUGCACUGAUUAUUGGUUACCGUGUUUUUAUUAACUUUUGUCGCGGCUAAUCUUCCUGUUUACUUUUCGAAUAAUCUAAAAAGGAAAACAGAAAAUACAGGAGCACUACAUUUUCCGAGGUCCUUGAUCGGUCGUUUGUAAUACAAGAUGUCCGUGUGCUUCUUCGUGCCUACUGAGCAAGAUGCAACAGCUGUUGAAACUGAGGAGGCGGAGACUGAAUGUACCAGUGAAGAGUCUCCCAUCGCAAAUAUACACACAACCCUCACCAACUUUUGGGCCAAAGUCAAUGAGGAUGUGAAGAAGAUUACUGCUGAGGAUUUCAAAACCCAAGUGCUGCCACUCGCCCGAAUUAAAAAGAUAAUGAAAUUGGAUGAAGAAGUCAAGAUGAUAUCUGCAGAAGCGCCUGUACUAUUUGCCAAAGCAGCUGAAAUCUUUAUCCACGAGUUGACAUUACGCGCCUGGUCACAUACUGAGGAUAAUAAGAGAAGAACUCUGCAGCGUAACGAUAUAGCAAUGGCUAUAUCGAGAUCAGACCAAUUUGACUUCCUCAUCGACAUAGUGCCAAGACAGGAGAUGAAGUUUAGCAGGCUGAGAGAUGAAACACCCAGAGUCACCCAGCCUACUGAACAGGUUGCACAAACCCACCAGCCUGCAGUACAAAAUACUACACAGUUUGUAACCCAGCAGUGUGCUCAGAUUGUACAGCCCACUUCAAGCACUCCAGCUACAACAACGACACCUCCGCACCCCGUUACGUUGCUACAUCACGUUGUUAAUUCUUCUGGUGAAGUACAGAACAUGCCGCUCCUCUUAACACAAGCUCAAAUCAACAUGAUCCGCCUUCAAGUGCAGAACAAUCCGAACCAGCCAAUCAUUAUUCAAGCCCAGCCGCAAGGACAGCAACAAACGCCACAGAUUAUACAGGUAUCAUCACAAGCCCCACACCAACCCCACCAAAUCUUCAUCGCUCAAGUGGCUUCUAACCAAGAGGAGUCCUAGUGCCAAACCACCACUGCCUCAGACAGUGAUUAGUGACUAUGUUUUAUCUGUGGCAAGUGAAAUGUCGCAUUAUCUGUGACAAGUGACAACAUAUGUUAUCUGUGAAUGAUGUGAUAUUUUGUCUUUGUUACAUCUGUGGAAGAUUCAAAUUUGUCGAUAUUUGAAUGUGGAAUUCAGGCACGGCUGUACAAUGUUCUAAGAAAGUGGGUGUUUUAUUAGUACAAUAAGAUUGAAUGAUUUCGUAAUUUUUGUUAACUUCACGCUAGAAAGUACAUUUUUGAUAAAAUUUCUAGCCUAGACUAGUCCUAGGGUUUGGUUCUUAAAUGGGACCAACAGUAGGAAAACGGGUGCAAAAAUUGACUCCCUAAACAUCCAUACAUAUUCAAAAAUGAUAACGGUAUAAAUAUUUUUUUCUACAGUAAUAAAAAACAUUAUAAUUCAUUACACAAAAAGCAACAUAUUUUAAAUUAAAACUGAAAGAAAACCAGUAAUUAAAAAAAAAACAAGAAAUUAAUAAGAUCUAGAUAUGACUUAGUCUAGAUUAUUUUAUUCAUCAAAAUAAAUCUUCCAAAAUUAAGUUAGACAGUGAAGUAUAUUAUUUGUCCUUUUGUAACUAAAAAAACAAUUACAAAAAAAAAAAACAGUUUUAUGUGAUAAUUAUACGGACGGUGCAAUUAUUUAAUAUAUUGUACAGGUGUUUAUGUAUGUGACAAAGUUUUGUUUGUCUAAAUUAAAGUAUGAUUUUUAA